AUGGGCAUGUUCCACUGCCGGCCUAACGACCUUGCAAACGACUUUAUCGUAACUUCGCCCUCCAACAUCGAAGAUGUGGGUGAGUAUCGCUGCUUCUCCGAGAAAAUCGGAUGGUACUUCUGCAAGAAAUGCGGCGUACGAACUUUUGGCAUGGGCGGCGAGUGGGUCUCCGAGGAGAUUGAUGUGGCUAAAUGGUCUGGCAAGGGAGAUGGAAACGGCAACCUACAGAAAGUGUACAAGACGAUUCCGUCAUCAAGUGGCGCGAAAGGCUAUGAUGGCAAACAGCUCCACUACGUGAGCGUGAACGGCACUACGAUAGAUGAUGAGAUUGAUCUUAUCGAUGCACACGACAAGGGCUGGGUCUUCUACGUUGAAAACAAGUACAAGAAAGACGGGGAGUAUCCUCAGAUGCGCUUCAAGGAACCAUUCAAGGGUGGUUGUUACUAA